CCAAGGUUCAGUGUCUUGUCGGAUUUUCUGAUAUUUCACCACAAAAGGUACCCACAUUCCCGAGCGGACGCAUAGCUCGACAGCUUCGCGCUCUUCGACCAUGGCGCACGAUGGGUCCUCAGACGACGAAUCAGCAUUCCUAGACACACAAGACACUGUAGAAGACGACGGCAUGCUCCCUGAAUCCAAACUCCCCCUAGAAGUCGAGUUAUCACCCAGUUCGUCAUCGGUAUCUCCUCUCAAGUCAGGUUCUCCGGCUGCCAUCGGUCGUCCCAAGGCUGUAUCCGCUGCCGCCGCACCCAUAUCACUCUUACCCAAUAGAACGGAUACAGACGGCUCGAAUGAUACCCUCCACGGCGUCUGGGAUGCUCAUCGACGCACACAAUCGACCGGGAACUUGAGAAUGGAAAACUCGACUAUAGGAACUCCUAUAGCCGUCAACUCCGCAGCUCCUGCGGCCUACCUGGCCAGUCCUGCACACUCAGAGUCUGCGCUAAUGUCUAAGGGUGUAGUGCCUCCUCCUCCGCCCAUUUCAGUGCGUCCAGCAGCCGAUACAAAACCUAAUGGAUUUAUGUCCAUGGGAGGAAAUUUACUGGCCGGAAUGGCCGACUUUGCAGCAAUGAAAUCACCCAGAGGCACUAUGCAGAAAGUUCACGUGGUGUAUCCGACACCAGGACCCCUUUACGUGGAUUUAUACUCGAGAGACGAUGGAACAGGAGCUCGAGUGAAAGGAUUUCGACGAAAACCGGACGGAUCUAUGGCGGACGCUGAAGCUUCAAGACGAGUUUAUCCCGGAGAUGAAUUGGUAUUAAUUAACACAGCGGAUGUAACCAAGAUGGUGUUUGCAGAGAUCAUUACGACGGCUAGAGAGGCGACAUUCCCAUUAACUUUGACGUUCCAUUGUUUCCUGAAAAAUAGAGAGGAGCAUAAUAACCUGGUUCAGGAGAAGCCGAUACAACCGGACAGAAAGUACUCAAGUGGGCCGUUGCCGCCGAUGUCGCCGUCUAGCAGUGCAGGGUGGGGUGCUAGAUUGAGCCAGAUGACAAGAUCUGGGUCGUUUGAGCAGAAGAAUAGCGGUUCAGAGCUCAAUAAUGACGCACCGCGAUCACCUUCGCCCAGUUCCGAGACAAACGGAGGGAAAUUCGGCUUCUCGCUGGGCAAAGUGGGUACAGAUGGCGUGAAAAAGAACCUAUUUCGUAUGAUGGGCAACAAACCCUCACGACCUGAAGAAGAUAAGAAUGUUGUGAAGGGCUGGAUGAAUGAUCUCGCACUCAAACCUCACAACAGUUCAACAGGAGGACGUCAUCGGAAAACGCCGGUGAAUACAAACACUGACGUGCUGCACUCGACGCCAAUUGUCGCCGUGACUACUGGAGGAAGGUUUGUGGGUGUUCUGGAUGACGAUGUGAAUGAAUUCGCGCUCACGUGGUUCAGGAAAACUCCACCAGAGAUGGAUAUUCGACAGAUUAAAGGUGUGAAGCGAUGUCCUUACUUCCCGUCCGUGGAUGACGUAGGUGCAAUCUUAUCGCUACAGUGUGAGUCGCUGCGAUUUCCUCAGUUCAAACGUGUCGUGGAGAUGCCUAGUCCAUUGGUGCUUGAUCCAGCGGUAGGCAAUACGGUCGAUGUGUUGCUUGAAGCAGGUGCGGGGUCGUUCUCUGCUACGUUGGCGAGUAAUGAACACGAUAGCUUCCAGAUUAAGAUCUCACCAGACGAUGUGAGUUUAGUCAAGAUUUCAGAAGACGAGGAUGAAGGAGGGGUGGUGGUAAAGGCUGCGUACAGUACGUUUCUUCAGGUGCUGCUAGAUCCUGCGGACCAACUACGGUUUACACUGAAAGUGCAAGAGUUCGGGGGCUUCCUGGGUAACCGCGAAGGUGACGUGUGUGAUCUGAAGAAGCGACACGCGCAGCUGCAAUCCUUGUCUUGCUUUUUCUUAGUGGCGCAGAACAGACAGAACCGUGACAUUAUGACGCUCCUGAUCCGCAAGUUUAGAGCGCGUUUGAUCACGUCUGAGCAAGAAGAACAAGCGCAAACUGAUGAAAGGAAUCUGUUCAUGGAUCCAGCGUUUGUAGUUGCAGCGACACCCCCAUCACCACUUACUGCCUCUCAAUCCGUCGGAUCCAACUCGGGAGCCAUGUCACCAGCUAAUAACUCAGAUACAGCAAGCAAUACAGGAUCACCGACGACUACGCCGUCUUCGGGAGCUGUGCCUUCGCCUGCUGGAAAGAAUCGUCUACGACUACAAAGCGAAGGCUCAUUUACGUCCGUGUCAAGUGCGCGACUCAGUGAUCUGGUUGGCUUGGAGCCUGAUGAUGCUGGAGAUCCUACAAAAGAGAGAAGUUCUGACGUAACUCCAGCUGCAACGCCAUCGCGUUCUGCCAUGACCUCAAGUAAAAAUGGGUUCAGUGAGAGCAGCACCAGUAUUGCUGGCGACAAUGUAUUUAUCGAAGGCCGACUUGCAGCACAGGACAAAGAGAUCGCCAUGCUUCGAGAGAAACUCUCGUCCAUGUCGAUUCUUCUCAAAACCGCCGAGCAGGAAAACAAACAGGUCACUGCGUCGCUGGAAGUUAAAGACAAUCGCAUCGAACUUCAGCAAAUGAAGCUUCGACAAUUUGAAAAGUUCCCAGGACAGUGCGACGCUCAAGCUCGUGAAAUCCACUCGUUACGUACGAAGUUAGAGGACGAAGAGCGAAAGCAUGUGCAAUGCAAGGAAGAGUUGCAACAAGUGCUUAGCGUAGCGGCAAAGCGUGCAGCAGAGAUGACAGACCAGGGUGUUCAAACAGAGGCGCAGUUCCUGGAUGGUGAAGGCUUAGGCGCUACUGUGAGUUCUGUAUCGGGAUGGGAGCGUGAUGCUUGGUCCGGUACUGUUGCUACAGUCAGUGCAAGCGACUUGCAGCAACAAAUUAAGGAUCAGCAGCUCCAAAUUACACAGCUACAAGAGGAGCAGGUCAAGUUGAUUACCGAGCGUAACAUGUUCCGCGCUAAAUCUCUGGAGCUUUCGAAGGAGCUUCGUAAGUUGGUAGGAGCCAAUAACAACCGGCCACUUGACGACCUCGAGACACAAUUGGCAGAGCGUAGAACUCUCCAAGCAGAACUUGCCGCUGUCAAGGCGGAUGCUAAGAGCACAGCUGACGAGUUGGCAGAGCUGAAAAGUGUACUCGACAGUGUUGGUGACAAGGACAAAGGCACUAAGCGUCUUGCAGCGCAGAACGCGGAGUUACAGCGUACUGUGCAUCAGCUACAGGAUUCUCUGAGCGAAUCGAGAGAUCAAGUGGAUGCUGUCAAGAAAAUCAACAGCGCGCUUGCAUCUCGUCUCCAUCGGCUGCAACCGGAGACUCGCGGUAGUAUCGUCGAAGAAACACCUAUUUCGUCGUCAACAGGGUUCCCUGCUUUCACAUCUGAUGAUGAAGACGAUGACGAUGAAGAAGAAGAGGACGAAGAACUACAGGAUGGCCUUGCAGAGUUCAGAAGAUCAUUAGUUGGACAGUGAAGAAAAUAUUUGACAGUAUUAGAUUUUUUUAAAAGAAACUAUUUGUGUCAGCACUUUGGCAUUGAAACUA